CUAAAUUGUAUUACUUGUUCCAUAUAUUGAUUGCCUUUAAUUUUUCAACAUUAUGCUACUUUAGUCAGGAUACUGUAUAACAGUUUGGUUUUCUCUGCAUUUCUUACUCGCACAUUGCAGCCUUGUAUGCAUAGCUUGAGAUCCAGUGUGUUGUUGUUGUUGUUGUUGUUGUUGUUGUUGCAUACCUUCAGGUCAUUCCUGAUGUAUGGCGACCCUAAGGUGAAGCUCUGUCAUGUGGUUUUCUUGGCAAGAUUUGUUCAGAGGGUAUUUUCUUUACCUUCUGGGGCUUAAAGAAUGUGUCAAGGUCACCCAAUGGAUUUUCCUACGGUAGGUGGACUCGGAAUUGAAUCUGGUUUCCAGCAUUGCCACUAGCACGCAAGCUACUUGUUCAUUCGGUAUAUAUUCUGCCCUUGUGCUAUGAAUGAGAUUCAGAUUAGUUUGUCUUCGUCUUGGGAAGCUUCCUAUUUAGGGAAGCAGUUGGGCUUUAAAAAUAAUUUAAGUUAUUUCAAGUUUGAGGAUGAAUAAUAAUUUAUAUACUAUAAAUUAACAUUGCAGUAUUUCCUACACAAUCAUGUACUUACAACAUGCACAAAUGACCAUCAUUUUUUCUUGGAGGUAGAAGUGGCAUGAAAAGGGGAAAGAGUUCAAAAGCAAAGCCAUGUUAGUUUGUUAAAGCACACGUACACAGGACUGAUGUUCAGGGUGGAUCAUUCCCCUCAACAGACCAGGUUUGCAGCCAUGGUGCAAAGGAGCUUUCACUAGGAAGAUUUGUAAUCCAGCUGCAGUCUUUCCUGAAUUAAGGUGGUAAGAUCUAUAUUGGAAUACUACAAUAAUAUUGUGACAGUAUUCUACUGGUGUUUUAAAUGUGAGGAUCAGAUGUGGUUUCCUGGAAAGUUAGUGUUGGAGACUAUUUCCUGCAAUAUGAUUGCCUUACAGGAAGGUGGUUUCUCUGUAAUUUUUUUUGCAGUUUUGCAUUAUAUUACCUAUCUGUUCAAUAUUCAUUUUACACAUAACAUGUGCAUUUCUUAAGUCUACAAAAGCUUAUGCUACCAAAAUCUUUCUCUAGGUCUCAAAAGUGCUACAAUAUCCCUUUGCAUACCGAUACAGACUAAGGGCACAUCUACACUGUAGCAUUAAUGCUGUCUGACAUCUCUUUAACUGCCAUGAAUGAAUGCUAUGGAAUACUGAGAGGUGUAGUUUGGUGAGACCACAGCACUCUUUAGCCAAGAAGGCUAAAGACUGUAAAAUUACAGUUCCCAUUAUUCCAUAGCAAUGAUCUGUGGCAGUUAAAGUGGUGUCAAACUGGAUCAUUUCUACAUUGUAGGUGCUCCCUUAGUCUUGGAAGACUUUAGGUGUAAAAGUACAUGCCCAUAACUAUAAACAACAUAUUUCAAGAAUCUGAAAGUCUCCUUCCACAAAUCUGAAAGGAGGCUAUUAGGCUUUUGCAAAAUUGUAUAUACAGUAGAGUCUCACUUAUCCAACAUUCGCUUAUCCAACGUUCUGGAUUAUCCAACGCAGUCUGCCAUUUAGUCAUCAAUGUUUUUGUAGUCAAUGUUUUCAAUACAUUGUGAUGUUUUGGUACUAAAUUCGUAAAUACAGUAAUUACUACGUAGCAUUACUGCGUAUUGAACUACUUUUUCUGUCAAAUUUGUUGUUAAAUGUGAGGUUUUGGUGCUUGAUUUCUAAAAUAAUUACCUAAUUUGAUGUUUAAUAGGCUUUUCCUUAAUCCCUCCUUAUUAUCCAACAUAUUCGCUUAUCCAACGUUCUGCCGGCCCGUUUAUGUUGGAUGAGUGAGACUAAUGUAACAGAUUUUCAUUCCCUCAUAGCAAGCUCGGCUCCCCUUCUUUGUUGCCUUUGUGAUAUAAUUGACUGAAACAGAUCCCCAUACUUACUCGUAUUUCUAGUGCUGAUUGAUUCAUCAGUCUUGCCCAUAGUUAUAUCCCCCCCCCCCCCCCAAUAUACAUACCUCUGCUUCGGAAGGAUUAUCUUAUAAAGAAAUUAAGGUGUGCGUGCUCUUCUGAUUGAUUAAUCUUGUGUUGCUCUGGAAGGAGAUAAAGGAUUGUGAUGUCACAGGAACCAACCGGUGAGCAUUAUGCACAACUGGCUUUUACUGCAAACUAGCAGAACUAGUUUUCUCUGAAUCUCAACUCCAGAAAAGAAUAGGGUUUUCUUAUUGCAUUGCCUUUUUCUGAUGAAGACAUAAGUUAAGAUUAAAUUCCAAACAUCUGAAGCUUCUGUUGAUUGAAAUGGAGAUGUUCCAGCCUGGGGUCAUUGAGUUGCGAGAGUAUUUCAAUAUGAAUCGGUUAAAUCAUUGGAGCUUUAUGUAAGACAUGGAUAGAUGCAAACAUGUUGGGCGGCUACGACUUGCCCAAGACCACUCUAUUCUGAACCCCCAGAAGUGGCACUGCAUGGACUGCAACACCACAGAAUCCAUUUGGGCUUGCCUGAAAUGCUCCCAUGUGGCCUGUGGAAGAUAUAUUGAAGACCAUGCACUUAAACACUUUGAAGAAACCAGGCAUCCUUUGGCAAUGGAAGUAAAUGAUUUCUAUGUCUUCUGUUACCUUUGUGAAGACUAUGUAUUGAAUGAUAAUCCCGAGGGUGACUUGAAAUUACUAAGAAGUUCUCUAUCGGCAAUUAAAAGUCAGAAGCAUGACCCAUCUGCUAGAAGUGGGAGGACGCUGCGGUCAAUGGCUUUGGGGGAGGAUGUUUGCAACCAUCAGAGGGCCCCUCAGGGACGGCCUCAGAUGCUUACAGCCCUUUGGUACAGACGGCAAUCAUUGCUAGCAAAAGCACUGAGGACCUGGUUUGAUAAGAGUUCUAGAGGCCAACAAAAGCUAGAACAAAAGAGACAAAUGGAAGAACUAGAGAUUAAAAAAGAAAUGGCCAGGCAGCGGCGUCAAGAGAUGAAACGGAGAUUAUUGGAGGAACUGGCGAGCACCCCUCCAAGAAAAAGUGCCAGGCUUUUGUCACAUAUUCGCAGAGAGAAUCUGAUUCCUCGAAAGUUCAGAGACAUGGAAGCAAGUUCCCCUACCUCAAGACGAGUGCAAAGUAGCAGAUUCAAACAGUUUUAUUCCAUUCGUCGGAAGCCUCUCAUGACUCCUGGUGUGACUGGACUAAAGAAUCUUGGAAAUACCUGCUACAUGAAUUCUAUCCUUCAAGUAUUAAGUCACCUCCAGAAGUUUAGAGAAUGUUUUUUGACGCUGGAUCUCUGUGAAACUGAAGAACUCUUAGCUAAGACCGUGAAUGGAAAGUCUAGAAUGUCUGGAAAGCUGGUCAGUGGGCUUGGUCCUACCGAGUCAGGGAGGAAUGAUCAAUUGGGUUCAUAUGGCAGGCAGAGCCUGCCUGCUGGCUUGAAUGGCGGGUCCUCAAUAAGCAAAAGUUUAGAACUAACACAGCCCAAGGAGCCAAGUUCAAAGCACAUCUCUCUCUGUCAUGAACUUCACACACUUUUCAGAGUUAUGUGGUCUGGGAAGUGGGCUUCAGUGUCUCCUUUUGCUAUGCUACACUCUGUAUGGAGUCUGAUUCCAGCGUUUCGAGGUUAUGACCAGCAAGAUGCUCAGGAAUUUCUCUGUGAAUUGUUGGACAAGGUGCAGCAGGAGCUGGAAUCUGAAGGAACAAAACGAAGGAUCCUAAUCCCCUUUUCACAGAGGAAGCUCACCAAGCAAGUCCUGAAAGUGGUGAACACCAUUUUUCAUGGGCAGCUACUCAGUCAGGUUACCUGUAUAACAUGUAACUAUAAAUCCAAUACUGUGGAACCCUUCUGGGAUCUUUCCCUGGAAUUCCCUGAACGCUAUCACUCCAUCAACAAAGGGAUUGUGCCUGUUAAUCAAACAGAGUGUAUGCUUACUGAAAUGCUGGCCAAAUUCACAGAAACAGAAGCUUUGGAAGGGAGAAUUUAUGCAUGUGACCAGUGCAACAGCAAACGACGGAAGUCUUCUCCCAAACCUCUCAUACUAAGCGAAGCUAAAAAGCAGUUAAUGAUCUACAGACUACCUCAGGUCCUCCGACUGCACCUUAAACGAUUCAGGUGGUCUGGACGUAAUCACCGUGAGAAGAUUGGGGUCCAUGUCCUCUUUGACCAGGUAUUAAACAUGGAACCUUACUGCUGCAGGGACACUCUCUCCUCUCUUGACAAAGAGACCUUUGUCUAUGACCUCUCGGCUGUGGUGAUGCAUCAUGGGAAAGGGUUUGGCUCAGGACAUUACACGGCUUAUUGCUACAACACGGAGGGAGGGUUUUGGGUCCACUGCAAUGACUCCAAACUGAAUGUAUGUAGUGUGGAGGAGGUAUGCAAAACCCAGGCCUACAUUCUUUUUUAUACUCAAAGAACCGUGCAGGGCAAAGCAAGUAUCUCAGAAACACAACUUCAAGCUCAGGUGCUGUCCAAACACAAUGAUAAAGACAGAAGAUUGACACUCCCAUGAGAGGAAGCAUUAAUAUCUCAAUCAGCUGGCUCAUCUUUUUAAAAAAGCCUUUGGAGUUCAUUCAUCUUGGCAGGAACAAAAUACUGCUGCAGGAAUUAUUUGGAUCCACAGUCUGAAAAAGUGGGCCUCCUACUGUGUGGAACUCUAUUCUAUGAGAUUGUAGCAGAACAUCUAUUUUUUUUAAAGACAAAUGUAUUUGUAAACCCGUCCCUCUUCUAAGCAAAACAAAGAGUAACAGCCUCCAGUGUCUAGGAUCAUUUAUCUUAUUUCCAAGAGAAAUCUAAUGUGGCGUGGAAAAAUAGGUGCAUUCAGACUUAUGUGUACAACCAGGAUACAAAGCCAUCACUUUGACCACAUAUAUAAAAAUUCCUUCAAAAAAGGGAUGAAUAGGUACAGUGAAAUCUCAUUUAAUCUAUGCUGCCUUGGUAUACUAAAUGGUUCUUGCACCAAUUGGUGUAAAUAUCUGUCACAAUUAUUAUACAGCAUCCAUCUUCCUAACCCAACAUAAUGUGGGUGGAUGGUGGUGUACUGUGCUGAAGCCCAAGUUAAAAUAUUCUCACCAGCAAAAUGUGCUUAUCAGCUCUGGUUUGUUAUGUUGUGUAGCAGGCAUGUCCUCUUACCUCUGUGAUCUAUCAACUUCAGUCUAUUGAAGCUGAAAUUACAUAGAAAUCGGAAGAAUGUAUCACGAGCUCCAAUUUAAGUGUGUUUAAAAUGGCAAAAUAUUUUUCUUUUCCUUUAUAUGUUCCAGUAUCUGCUCAUCAAAGAAAUAUUUCAAUGGGAGCCACAUUCUCCACUUCCCUAUGUAAUGAUUGCAAACAUUAUGGGAUGCCUUGAUGACUUUCAAGGCUUUCAUUGUGUAUUAGCUGUCACGUGAUGAUAACUGCACCGAUUAGUAUGUGACUCUACUCAGUUUUGCAAUGGAUAAUUUGGUUUCCUGUAUCCGUGGCUCAUUUUGUUUUUCAUCUGCUGCUGUCAAAACAUAUCAACUCCUCUCCUAUGUGCAUAAUAAUUUUUAUAUGCAAAGAAUGUCCAGAGGGUGUACUCAUUAUCACACAGAUAAAGAGGGAACCAUUCCUGCUAACAAAAUCCUGAACUUUAUUACCAUUCUUCCAGUGAAUUAUCCCUUCUUGGUGUUUUCAAGGCAGUGAGUAUUCAGUUAUAUUGUAAGAAGAUUGUUUCUACCUAAUCAUCUUUCCUUCCCACAUCCCCAGUUCAUGGAGCUUUAGAAAUUUAGUUCACCCAUAUCAGCCUACACUCAAGUUGUGGUGCUCUGAGCCAUCCUUGUCACAUGCCUUGGGUCUCCUGUGCAUGGUCACUUCAACAUGACUCUCAAUAUAAUACGCCAUCUAUGGUUAUUUUAGUUAGAGCUGUUGCUGACCUUUUAUCAUGACACUGUUGCAACUUGACAAAAAGGAUAGACUUGGAAAAUAUAGAUCUUUGUGUGGUUGAACAACUUGGUGCUUUUGAAUUAGGAAAUAUAGGCUAGAUAUCCCACAUUGUUCACUGAAUUGAAGAUAAAGCACAUGUAAUGUAGGUUUUUUUAAAUUAGUCUGAGGGCAAUGCCGUAUAGGGAAAUGGUCCUAAUUGUUUUUAAGAAAUAGGUCAACUUGUUGGAUGUGAGUGUAUGAAAGAUGGCAGAUCUAAUUGUGCAGUUGUGAUGAACAGAUAUCAGUGUUCACCUCACACUGAUUUCUUUGGUCAGGCAAAAUAUAGGUACUUCAAGAAACACUUUCAGAGAUAGCACAGCCUUUUUUAAAUAUAUAAAGAUAGCAGUUUCCACCUCUGUCAAAAACAUAAGCUAUAAUGCAAUGGGUUUCGUUCUCGGUAUUAAUUGAAAAAUGUUAUGGGAGGAGAAUAAUUGGUGUGCUAGAAAUCUGCUUUCCUGGCAAAUUUGAAUUACUGGACCUUGAAAGAUGGUCAGAGAUCUGACAUGUGCAGGAUUUCUGAUAAAACUGAAUGACAAAAGAAUGAAAGCAACAAAAGCAUAAGGGCUUGUCUCUUCCAGCUCUUUUCUCCCAAAAAAACUUAUAAAAUGGAGAAAAGAUUGCAUAGGGUUUGCAAUCUUAGACUGUAUCAAACAGUGAUUCCACUAGUUUGGUCUAUUGUUUAAAUUGGUAAGGAUUAGCACAGUACAGAUGUCACUUACAAGUAUUGAGUAUAAUAUAUCAAUAUAACUGAUAUUCCAGAAGACUCUCCAUGAGAAAGAUCUUAGUAAAUUCAGAUUCCACUGUCUGAUAGACAUUGCAAAACAUUGAUUCAAUAGAACAAGUAGAAUCUAUAUAAAUCGAGGUGCAGCAUUGCAAUGCAUACUAAAGUGAAAACCUAUUCUUCACUGGUAAACCUGUCAACUGGAAGGGGAAACUCAGCCUUUCAUCAAUAGGAGCCUGAUAUACAGAAAUCAACAUCUGAGAGUUUUACAUGUGAUCAACACCAACAAGCAUUACUGUCUACACAUUGCAUUAUUUUUAAAGAAGAGGUCGGGUAGCCUCUUUGACGGCCACUUCCCUUGAGAUGAUCUAGGGCAGUGGUUCUCAACCUGUGGGUCCCCAGGUGUUGUGGCCUACAACUCCCAGAAAUCCCAGCCAGUUUACCAGCUGUUAGGAUUUCUGGGAAUUGAAGGCUAAAACAUCAGGGGACCCACUGCUCAAGGGUAAGAGGCAUGUGAGCAGAUGGCAGGGCCAAUUUAUCCUCACCAUCACUCUGAUUUCUUUCUCCUAAGAAGCUCAAGAAAGAUAGUGUUGGGUGUGGCUAUCCUAAGUUAGACUCUCAAUGCCUGCCACUCAAGCAUACUCCUCCUUCUGUUUUCUCUUCUUCCCCUUUUUUGCUUCUUUACUCCCACUCAAGCCCACAGUUCAGAACUUGCUGCCUCAAGUAUUCAAAGGCUGCAAACAGAUCAAGAAAACUGGUUGUUUGGCAGCCAGCCUCAGACCACAGUGUGGUAGCUAGAAAAUUUUGGUGACAAAUGCCUUCUCGUGGCAGUUAUAGCUAGUACAGGAAAAUCAGGGUACAGAUACAGAGGGCUACAUAUUUCAUGUAACAAACACAACUACAGAGGUUCAUUUAAAUAGUGCACACCUACCAUUCAUACUCAUCUUUUGACAAGUAUUGCAGGAAUAGGUGUGGCCUGUAUUAGAUAUAUAGAAGAGAGCAUAAAAGGGAGGGGGUGUAUUUGUAUGCUUUAAAUUUUAAUGCUUUACAUUUCCCAAGCAACUUAGGAGAAUAGCAGCCACUUGUGUGCAUAAUGGAGUGCCAUGUGAAAAAAUGUGCAAUUAUCUCAAUAGGGAAGGAACUAUCCUUUGAACUGAGCUUGCUGUUUUCAACACUGUGAGGUUUCUGUAAUAAUUAGCUUUUAUUUGGAAGCGAUAGCGUAUAGCAUUUUAUGCUGUUUCUUUUAUACCUGUCUUCUGCAAGCAGUGCUCUUGCUAUGCUGUGUACACUGUUUUAAAGUGUCCUGAUUGGCAGAAAAAAUAGUAAUAAAUGUUUCUUGACAAGUUCCAUAACUUCCCAUUACAAUGGAAGUCUCUCAGAGUAACAGAUCAGAUAACGUGUCUUCCUAGACUAAUUUUCCUACCACAUUCCACUUGGUUGUUGCGUAUGUGUUAAAGGAAGGCUGGCAUGUCAGUCCAGAUCUUGAAAACAUAUAUUAAUGACCAAUGUGUCACUUCACUCAAAAGCCCUCACAUGCUUGCAAGUGUAUAAUCAGGGAUACUUUGACUGCAUUUAAAAAUUAGCUAUUUUUAGGAAAACAAAAGAAAAGCUCAUUCUGUGUAACUAAAACCAGCUAAAAAUAAAGCUGGAUGGAGCCAUUUAGAAUAUCAAGUCUUUGAAAUCUUGUUAAAUCGCUCACUUGUGAACUUGAUGUCAAGUUCUCAAAGAUCUGUAAAACAAGCAGCCACCUAUGAAAACUCCAUAGUGUUGACUUAUAAUGCCCAGUGCUCUUUAUCAGACCUCUCUUAUUUCCUAUCCCCUCUUGUUGAAGGCUGAACUGCAUAUUUUCCUAGACAAAAACAGUGCGACUUGGCCAAACUGUCAUCUUCCGAUUACAUUUAGAGUAAUGAAUUCAAGUUGUGACAUUGUAAACUUCUUUGUUCCCAGCCAUGGCAAAACAUAACUUCCAUCACAGAUAGCUUAAUCGAGGUGUGUGUGUGUGUGUGUGUGUGUGUGUGUGAAAGCCAUGAGUUUUCCAUUUAUAGCAGCAUUCCUAUGCUAAGUGUAAGGAACAGCUCUGCCAUGACUUUCUGAACCACUAGUCUUUUAAAGCCAAGAAAAAAUUCUCAGAACUUUCAUCUCUUGGUCAAAACAAAGACACAGGUAAAAUGAUAUUUAUUUGUACUUACAAGCACAGCGUCUUAACUAUAGAAUUGCACCCAGCAUUACCUUGUGUGUAAAAGAAAAUAUUACAAUGUUCUUUUAUUUCAGAGGCUUCCUGCAGACAUUCGGUAAAUAUUGCUAACUUUGCCAACCAAGAAUACAAAUUAAGACUAUUGCAGCAGGCAACUCUCAAUUGUACUGCAAAGUUGAACUGUGCAGAUGCACCCUUUUGUUACUUUUUGAACUAUAAAUGUUUUCAUUCACUUCAGGGAAAGCAUAACACACCUACAAAUUAAAAUGUAUUUAAAAUCGGUGUUAAAUGUGUCCUAUGGACUCAAAAGGAGACUUUUCCGUAUAAGAGAAGUUAUCUUUGGUGGAAAGGCAGCCUGUUUCUGAUUGUAACAUUGUUUUGUGUGCCAUUUAUGCCUGAGAGAAAAUGUGCGAGUGUUGAAUGUCAGUUAAUUGUCCUGAACACAAACUGCAACAAUGUUCCAACAGUAUUGCUGACAAUUUUUUUUAAUGAACUGGGAUGAAGUUUGGGGGUGGGAUUAGUUUUGCCUACUGAUAAAGCUUUGUGAGCAGUUUUUUUUAAAGAUAAAAUUGGUGCCUUGUAUCUAAUUACAUUUUGCAUGGGACACAAGUUUGAAGUUCCACCCACUCCCAAAUCUGUGUCUUUACAAUACUUGAGUAGCAUUGUGUUUUUGGUUUUUUUUUACAUUUCAUAUUUGUAUGUGAAUGGGGAAAAAGGUUCCUACCAGCAAAUUGAUGUAUUUUACUGUACUUGUCUAAAGACUGUAUUCCUAAUAAUGGAAAUGAUUUUCUUAAAAGUAGAGUAUAAUUUUGGUUUUUGUGUUAAAUCUUUGUCAAUAUUUUUUUUUCAAAUUAGUUUUUUUUGUCUUUAAAAUAAAGUUCUUUUAACAAUAAUGUGGAAAGAAUGCCUAGAUAAACCUAUUGAUAAAGCAGUUUGGAAUAGUGUCUUGACUCUUAUGCAUCAGGGCUGAACAUUUUAGUCCCCCAGAGUCAGUUUUUGUUCCUGAAUCCAUAUAGCGUUAGAUCUGUAUGUCCUAUUCAGCCUCACUGCUACUUGAAUAAUUGUGAGGGUUUAAAAAAAUCCUCAGAUUUCAGACUUGCAAUCUAAAGGUUAUUUGUUUGUUUUAAAUAAAAACAGCUACGUGAGAUGUGGUGCUUUUUUUUUUUUUUUUAGUUUGGUCCCAGCCAGUAUAAGAAAAUGGAACAACCAAAACACUCCUCCAUGGCUUUUUUAAGAGAGCAAUUAUACAGUGAGUCAAGAAAUAACAUGCUGUUGUUGUCAGCAGUUUGGCUCUACUCAGAAUAUUAGAAAUCUUAUAACUUAUUCAAUGUCAGCUUUUCUUUUUUUUAAUAGUGCAUAAAGUUACAUUAUGGCAGGGGAACUGUUCCCUUCUACAAACGUUCUGCUUCCUACUAUUUCCUGUUGGGAGGACAUUUGUUCAAUCCUUUCUUCAAGCAGAUUCAGUACUGUUCCAUAGUAAAUGGUAGCAAAAGUUAAAUAUCUGUAUACAAGGAUGAUUAAUAGACUCAGUCUACUGAAUUCUUCCUUGAUACCAAAUUUAGUAUAUAUUUGAAUUUCUAGAGCUAUUUCUUAUUUUUAAAUGGAGCAGUCCAAAUAGAAUGCAACAUGGUUACUAUGACAUUGUUUCAAUGUGUGUGUGCGGGGGCGGGGGGUUGGAAUCAUGGCAUGUCUGUGUAGGCUCAAAAUUGAUAAGACUAUUUCUAGUACAUAAUGCACUAUAUUCUCCAAAAGAACCUGUAAAAAGCAAGAGCUAAAUAUACCAUUAAGGAUUCAGCAGAAUACUGCAAUAUAUACUGUGGAACUUGAGUAGCAGGAGAGAAAAGUCUGCUUUCUUGAGAACUGUGCACUUUCAAACUUGCGUCAAUUGAAAAACUGGAGACUAAGUCAGGUUUAGCAAGGUACAAAAACACAAAGUUGAGGGAGCUAUUUUCUGAAUUAAUCCCCCCAGUUUUGUCUCCACUCCCUCUCUACAGAAGGCUGUCCUCAUUUUACCAUCCAAGUUCAAUAAACAUUUGCUAUUCUCUUCAGUGUUUUAAUUGCCAGAGUUGCAACCUACUGGUGCUAAAUAAAAUAGUGUGUCUUGCAGCUUCUCUUUCUAAUUCCAUUCAGUCCAAAUGUAUUCAUUGAAGGCCCAUCCAAGCCAAUGAGGAAGAGCUAUAGAAAAGCUACAUAACUAAAAGUGAAUAUAAACAUGACUUUUUAAUAUCCAGGUAUUACUAGCUGUUCUACACCUCGUAAAUAAGAACAAUUAUGUAAUUUGGCCAUCCAUAAUGUGUAGUAUCAUUAAGAACUAUUUCUACUGAUUAAAUUCUUACAUAUAUUUUUUUUCCUAAUGCUAAAUCACUCCAAAUAUAUUUUGGAACUGUUAGAACUGUUUUCUGGCUAAGUCUGUAAAUGCAUAUUUAUGGCUGCUAGGGGUUUUUAAAGCAGGAAUUUGAAAGCAAAUCUUUCUGAAAUUAUACUUCUGGUUACUAUUUGUGUUGUCAGUUAAGUUGAUUCCUUCCACUCAGAGUGAAUACUGUUCCUGCUGAAAGUGGUUUGCAAGAUGCCAAUUAGUGAUAGCAGUCAGAAGAUCAAUACAAUGCACAAAUGUUUUUAGAUUGCAGCAAUUUAUCUUUUACAUUAUAAUGUGGAUGUAAUGGUUACCAACAGCUCUGUUAUACCCUGAUAGGAAGCUGUGGGUUGUCAAAGUUAUGAACAACAUUAUGCUCUUACUGCAAAAUGUUACAUUCGUUCUUUCUUUUCUUAAAUGCGACAUUUCCUAGACCCUUGGCUCCAAAGUUUUGAUUCAAUGUUAAUGGCAGCAGCAGUUUUAGUUCAAUUUUAUUUACACUUCCAAUCAAGAUACUUUUCAUUCCAAUAUAAGAAUAGAUGGCUUUGAUGGAAGUUUCCUUCCAUUAUUGAAGGAAACUUUAAAGCAGACACUGAAGUGGUAAUAAAAUUCUUUACGGUGCACAACACCUUGGUCUUUACUUUGUUAAAAUUGUACUUUUCAAUUAACUUCAGAGGCAUUAAAUUGCAGUCCAGGACACCAAAAUGCUAUGCAACAUCAAAUGGUUUCCUUUCCACAUACAAAAUGAAAUCAUAAUUCACAACACCAUACAGCCAUUGUGCUGACUGAAAACUGCCCAUAAUUAAGGCUCACCUAGGCCUUCUAAAAUGUAUUUUUCCUUUGAAUAGUUAAUAUGUCCUGCUUAAACAAAGGACUGAGGCUUGUUACUACGUUUAAGUGUGAAUUAUGAAUCAUGUUUUUAUGAUUUUUUGUAAAUCUACUUUUUACCUUGUUUUUGUAAGCUGAAAUUUCCUAUUAAAAAGAAAAAGUCCAAUGCA